AUGCGUCUUUUACCCACCCCGUCUCCAGGUUUUCUCUUUUCUCCGCGCAGCGAGUCGGAGGCCCCGAAACUUUUAGUUUCCGCGGCCCUCCUUUUGUGUGACUGUUCGGAGGAGAAAGAACGUCUGUUCGCCUCGCCUGCCUCCGUCCGGCUGCGGCGCGCGGGGGACGCUCCAGGUGUCAGCAAACAGCCAGGCAACGCCUACGAUGGACCCAACCUGAAGAGAAGAGACCACGACGGAGAAAAUCGUGCUUGA